AUGUCUAGCGAACAACCGCAAAGAUCAGAACUUCGCUCUCGUAUUCAGCAGCGCCUACAACAACGCACCGACACAACCACCAAAUCUUCGCCGAAAACCUUCAAUCAACUCCCCCCAUACCUCCAAAACGUUCUCCCCGACAACUACACUUAUAUCAUCAAAUCAUACAAAGAACUCCCCUUGUGCACUUUCGAUGGCGCACCGAAUGCUUCGUUUGAUGCACAAUUCUACAUCAACAUUGCCUCGAUAGACGAGAUAGAGGCAUGGCGACAGGCAUUCCAUACCAAAACCGGAACAAUAUUUCGAAUCACCAGAGCAGACAAGGUGAAAGGAAUCAAGGUGAUCUAUCACAAAGACUUUCACUGCAGACAUGCUGACAUUGCCGCCAUCAAGUACAUGCAAAAGACCUAUGCCCAAAAGGCCGGUCAGAGGAGGAGUAGAAAUACAAACUGUCAGUGUCUAGCAAAGAUUCGGUUGGAGAAAUCGAGAUUGUCGCUCUCACACCCUUGCGAAGUGAGGAUGGUGUAUAACCACAACCAUCGAGUGGAACCAGACCAAUCGAAAAAUAACAACAACAUUACCACCACGACCUUGAACUCUCAUAUAAUGUCAUCUACUCUAGUUCCCCCGCCGUUCUUGCAUGAAACUUCUCCGCCCUCCAUCGGUACCACUCCGCUUGGCACGCCUCUGAUUGGGACUCCGAGCGAUACGACCACUGUCAGCGCCCAGAGCUCGCCUAGGCAAGAAUUUGCCGAUUUCGGUUAUGGAUUAAGUCAUUCAAGUAUGGAUCAGAAGUGUUUAAUGAAUGCUGAUGUUUUUGAGACUUGUAAUCGGAAUACCAACCAAAUGUUUUCUUUUUCUACUGUAAAUAAUUCUAAUCAUAUCAACCAAUCUCGCGAUGGCAUAACUUUUCUUCAACCGACCAUUACCACUACUGACACUGACAACACUACUACCUCGACAAAUUUGCUUCCUUCUCUUUCUUCAACUCUGCAAUCUUCUCUACCAUUUUCUCAUACAUCGACAUCUACCACUCCACUUGUUCAACUUCCCAUAUCUACAUCGACAUCUACAUCACCACUUCUUCCUUUUUCUCAACCACCCAUUUCUACAUCGACAUCUACUACUCCACCACUUCCCACAACUAACAAUCGUUAUCACUCUCCACCUACUUCUCAAAAACUCUUAACAGCUCUCACUCAAUUCGCUCGAGAAACCGAAGCCGACAUUCUCGCUGCAGACCCAUACUAUAACAAUUCGCUCUACAAGUUCUUUACUGUGCAAAACAAGGCCAGAUCCCACUCGCUUGAAAUGGCUGCUCAAUUCUUUGAUUCUUUCUCGUAUAUUCCAGCCUAUGAAGAAUAUCCUGGAGCGGGCAUGGGAAUAGAAUUGUUAAGCGGUGCUGACUAUCUUGGAAUGCAGUAUCAACAGCCGCAGCCGCAACAAGAUCAAAAGACUUAUCAGUCGUAUGACUUUUGUCAAGAGAGCAACGCAAUCUUGGAUCAACAGUAUCAACAAUAUCAGAGCGAUCUUUCUCAGGGUUCGGACCCUUUUGCCAUCUCGCGAAAACGCAAACAUUUCGAAUUGGGCAGCAGCUAUUUUGAUAUGCCCCAACCAAGGCGCAAGCGAGAUUGCCUGUCGGGAACCGAGAGAGCGUCACAAUUAAAUGUGACAAGCGAGAAUGAAGUUGACAGACUCGGGUUGGGAUAUCUUUAA